CGCGACCGAAGAUCGAGACACACAGCCGCGCUACGAUGGUGAUCAACUUCGUAAGUGCGACGACCGACGUUUCGAUCCCGAACAAGUACCAUCAUCAAGUAAGUCGAUCGACGUCAGCCAAAUUAUUCACGUAGGAAUUAGUUUCACUUACAAAAAAAAAAAAAACAAAAUUAUUUAACCAAGAUGUGCUCCCUCAACCCUCCAAUAUAAAAGUGUCAACAACCAAGUUUUUGUAUGUGCCCCUUAUGUCAUCAUUUUAAACCGAAAUCGUUGUAAUUUAUUAAAAAAAUAUAUAGUGAAGUGAUCCGAUAAAUAAACCAAAAUCUUCACUCAAUCAAGAACAUUUAAAUUUCAUUUGAAACUUAUUCAUGAAUAUCGUCGCGUAACCCAGCAUUUAAAUUUCCUGAAUACUUACCACGGUCGUCACGAUGCGGUAACCGUAUUCAAAAGAAAUUUAACUUUUUCAAUUUGUAAAAUAAUGGAUCGAUACAAGUGCGUAAAAUUUAAAGUGACGGUAUGUGUGCGACAUCUAGUGAACGAAUAAGUGACUACACACGUGAUCCGAGCCUUUACUCUCCUGAAAUGAUUUCACUGGACGAGGCAAGCGACUUGGACACGUUCCUGUGCAAACAGGAGUGGGAACGGCGGUUCGAAGAGGAAUUGGAAAAACCUCGGAGGGAUUCCGCAUCCCAAAUCGAUGAAUUUUUCGAUCCCCAAUCACGACAUCAAACAACGACGAUGAUGUCGUAUGUGUCGAUGAGGACGCUGCCCGGUACCGACGAUGAUGUCUUCCUAAGGCCACCAUUAUGGGAUGACAUCACGAGCAGCAUCCAAAACAUAGACCCUGAAAACGCCAACAUGCUGGGCAUCGUCGGACCAGGUCAAGUUAAAUUAGAGGCUGUUGAUGAUCUUGCCAUGAAUGCACCAACUCCACUCUUAUCGCCAUUAGAAAUUAAAACGGAAAAGGUGCUACAACAACCAUCACAACCUACCCUUCAUCUAUUGGGAACUCCAACAUCACCUUAUAAUCAACCUACAUCACCGCCCCAACAACAACAACAACAACAACAUUACCAACAACAAGCACCGCUUCAUACCCAUCACCAUCAUCAGCAGCAUGCGCAAGGAAACGCCCACCCGCAACAGUUUAAAUAUAAUCAACAGAAUGGUGGCGGUGGAGGCGGUGGCGUCGUCGUUGGUGGCGGGCCGACGGCAGCGAGUGCCCUCUACGCGCCGAUGACGCGGUUAAUGUAUGGGUCGCCGUUGACGCCGCCCAGCUCGGAUCCGGGUUCGCCCGGAGGGACGUUGCCCCGCCGAACGCCUCCCCCACCUUACCCCGCACCGACGGCCGCCGCCGCCACCCCUUCUGCAGUCGUCGCGACGCCCCCCGCCGCAGCGCGAAUCACAGCCGCCUCAGUCGCUAAAUAUAAUAGGAGAAACAAUCCCGAACUGGAAAAGCGAAGGAUACACCAUUGUGAUUUUAUAGGCUGCACAAAAGUAUACACCAAAAGUUCACACUUAAAAGCUCAUCAAAGGAUCCACACAGGAGAAAAACCUUACCAAUGCCAGUGGCCGGACUGUGAAUGGCGUUUCGCAAGAUCAGAUGAAUUAACUCGUCACUAUAGAAAACAUACAGGUGCGAAACCGUUUAAAUGCGCAGUGUGUGAAAGAUCAUUCGCCAGAUCCGAUCAUUUGGCGUUACAUAUGAAACGGCAUCUUCCAAAAACAGCUAAAUAAUGACUAAAUAAACGUUAUUAGUUCACUUUUUUUCACGCUUUUCUCUACUCUAUAGUUUAUAUUAUUCUGUAUAGGCCAUAUUACCUUACCAGUACUACAACUAUUUAAUUAAACUGCUAUGGUGAUGAAAGUAUUAAAACAAUUUAAUAUUUACCAUUGCAGUUUGAGUAUUGUAUAUAGAAGAGUGCCCAAAAGGAUCUCAAACACGUUAGGAAUAUAAUAAACACAAUUUUACAUAUCUUUAAAUUAAAUUGCAAGAAUACAAACGUUUCCUAACAAUCAAAAUAGACGUAUUUUAAAUUAAAAAAUGAUUUAGUGUUUAAAAGUGUGACAAAAUAAAAUAGUGCCUUUUGCGAGUUAUUUAAAAAUCAAAAAAAAAGUGGCUUACACGAGGCCUUAAUAAGUAGAAUCUUGUGGUGUUAUGUACCACUUAAUCAAGCAGAAUGAUGUACAGUUUGUAUAUUUCAUAGAUACUUUGUUAUGUAAGUUACAUGUGAUUUGAUUUUUUAGGAUAUGUUAACUUAAAAUCAAUAAACUUAAAACAUGUCCAUUAAUACUUAAGAUGAUUAACAUUCCUUCAGCUACAUGCCUUAAAUCGAAAAAGUAGCAAAAUAAAGUUCGAUAUUUUAUUUAACUUAUUAAAUAUUAUGAAAAUUUGUUAAAAGUGCAUUAAAUAUAUUGUUGAUUUCUUUGUCAUUAAUUAACGUCAUCACACCGUUGAAUAGAUUAUAUUUAAAAAAAACAUUGUGAAAUCUUUUAAAGUUAACGAGAUCGUUAAAUUCAUUGUGAUGAAAUGGCAAAGAAAUUAAUUUUAUUUACGUAACUAUUCUGCAGUAAAUUUGCCAUUUUUACCUUAGUGAUGUGAUUUUUUUUAGAUAUAUUUUUAUGAUGGUGGUAUACACUUGAAACUGUACGUAUCGCAUGUAAUUUUCAGUAUAAAAAAGUUACCAAAUAUGUACACUGAGAUAUGUUAUGAAAUGUACAUAAUUUAAAUAUAUCAACUGACUAGAACCUAGUCAAGUAUUUCCAUUAUUUUUAAGUAAAGAAUCUAAUAAUUGCGAAAUUGAGAAAUCUGCUAUUAUUAUUAUUAGUUGUAUUUAUAUCGUAAACUAAGAUCCCCUUUUUAGCGGAAUAUGCACAAUUUUAUUAACUUUAUUUUGUAAUUUUAUAUGUUUAAUUUAUAAAUAUUAUAUAGUAUAUUUCUAGAACAAUCAUUAGUAUAUAUUAUAGAUAGAAGUUGUUUUUUAUUAUUUUUUUUUGUAUAAUUUACAUUAAAUAUAAUUUUUAUUUUUUACCAAAAUCAAUUUUAUUCUCCUCUUCUCUUUUAUGGUGA